AUCUAUGAUUGGUCAGAUAUCAUACCGCCCUCCACGGAGCGCUUGCAAAGUGCACAGCCUCCAAGCCUGGAAUAACAUCUGGGACUUCUAGUGUCAAGGGUUGAUCAAUAACCAUGGCUCGGGCGUAUCUGAGCCUCGUGUAAGAGAUAACGACUAUAAAACGGCGAUCAGAACACCUCCUGCCUGUCCUCAUCCUUUCACCCCCAUUUGUGCUUUGUCAUAGGAAGCUUAUCUGUAACAGCAGCAAGGAUGCAACCAAAUGAACCAGUAGUCCCUGGGGCAUUAGCUGAGAAUGUCCCUGAGUACCCGCUCCUUGAAAAAACGGAGGAAGCUGGACACCACUACAAGAGACGUUGGCAGAUAUGGGCUCCAGCUAAGGCGGGCAAUCCAACACGGCAACCUCUCGCGAACCGAUGGAGUGAUCCAGAGCAAGAAUGGGGUGCUCCACCCGUGCAAUAUGAUUGGCAACCAUACGACCCAUCAUCUAUUCAGCCUGCAGCACCUCGCGAGGACACCGACAAUUACUUUUACCUCAACGUCCGUUACUACCGGGAGUUUUUCAGUCAUUUCAGCGCUACCUUAAUUGACUUCCUGCGCAUGGCUAUUGGUGGCGAAUUUUUCAACUCAAAUCCGGACUCGCCUCUCACUCACUUUGUAUUCAAACUCGAUGAGCUCAAGGCCCACCUUUCGGACGCACGUUCAGCCGUGUCUAACCUUUCCGGGGAGGAGUUGAAGACAAAAGCACACGAUCUUGGCCGCUUAGACUCGCUGACCUUGCAGAAAACCGAGCAAGAUGCCCGGCAGUACCUCGAGGAUCUCGUUGAACACUUGGGCGUUCUCAUACCUCUGGUUGAGAGUGAGUUCGAACCCAUAUCCAAGCGCCUAGAACUAGAGCUAUCUUACGGCCACAUUUCAUUUGAUCUCCUCAUGUACUACUUCAAGAAAGGAGAGAAAUACUAUCACGAGUUUCGGGGCGACAAGAUGGCCUUUGUACUAGCUGACACGAGCAAGGACUCAUCUUUUGGGCAAGCAUGUUUUUGCCGGUAUUUUUGUUCAUGUUUUGAAACGACUGCAACUCUCAGUACCCUUACUAUCGAAGGCCAUGGUAUGAUGUGGAAUGGCAUAGGUCACGUCUGGGAAAACAGAUUUGUUGACAUUUCUCGUUACCCCGGGACAAAGGCAUUAUCUGAUCUUCAGUGCAAAAUAAUGCAAGAUGACGUAUACAAUGAGCUGACUGAGCGCGGAAAAUUGUAUGCUGCUGUCUCAGGCGUUCAUUUCAAGUCAUAUAAUGGCCGCCGCGUGAUUAUCGACGAAAAUGGCUAUUGUGACAGAGAUCCAGAGUCUCCACGUGGUUAUGAUGAUAUUUCUCCGUACUCACAUAGAUGCCGCGUGUCACCUCCACCUAUUUACGACGGGGCACAUACUCCUCGUCCUGGUUCCCCUAACGCCGGCGACAAUUUACAGGGAGGACAGCAGGAAUCUCUGUAUGUUCUCACCAACGCUUGUGAAUGUUAUGCUCAUAAUGACAUUAGAGGGUUCCCGGAAGACCAACUGUACCUCUUACCAGUGAAAGUACAUGGAUUCGAUGUCCGUCGCAAGUCUUGGGAGACGAUCGACGUACGUGACCUUGAGGAGAUUCAUUUCGAUGAAAAUGCUUGGGAUCAUCUCGUCCUUAAUAAAGCGACAAAGGCUCUUGUCAAAGGGCUCGUCAAUGUCACAAAGACAACUAAUACCUCUAGGGAGUUGUUUUCUGAUGUCAUUACUGGGAAAGGUGGAGGACUGAUUGCGCUCCUACAUGGUCCGCCUGGGACAGGAAAAACUCUGACCGCGGAGGCUGUGGCCGAACACCUGAAACGACCACUCUACGUUCUCAGUUCACUUGAGCUUUCAACUACACCCGCUACUUUGGAGAAAAAGCUGGGUGAUAUUCUGAAGCUCGCAACGACAUGGGAUGCAGUCGUCCUCAUUGACGAAGCCGAUGUGUUUCUGGAGCAAAGAAGUCUUCACGAGUUGGAACGGAAUGCUCUCGUUUCUGUCGCUCUUCGGGUCCUUGAGUACCACCGUGGCGUCCUUUUCUUGACUACCAAUCGUAUCCAGGCCUUUGAUGAAGCCUUCCUAUCGCGGUUCUCCAUUGCCGUGAAGUACCCGGAGCUGGAUGCUGACGCCCGUUUGACCAUCUGGCGAAAGUUCUUUGAGCUUGCUGGGUGCGAAUUGUGGGGCGGCAGUGGACAGCCUGGAGACGGACGGCAGAGCCCGGACGAGUUUGUCAAACUUGAAGGACAAGAGCCGCAGUGCUAUGUUUCGCUCGCUGACCUGAAGGAACUGGCUACGAAGCCUUUCAACGGUCGCACAAUCAAGAAUCUUGUGCGGACCGCGCAAGCGUUGGCCAUGUCAUCGGAUGAGCCGCUUUCCCUUGAACACGUCAAGGUCGUGGUUGAAGCGCAAGAGAAAUUCUUGACUGAGUUUGCUGGAAUCAAGUUAUGACCGGUCUGACCGUCUGUCCUGUUUUGACUGUAAUCUUUGGAUAUCGUGUAACAAGUAGUCGCGUCGUUUUGCAGAUCGAAAUGCUUGAUGUUGUGUUACUGCUUAUGAUGAGAUAUAUGUGGCGGAUGCGUUC